UGCUUUUUGGCACAACUGAACCCUUAAAACUUGCUUUCAUAUUAAGAAUGCUUUAAUUGGGGUGCCUUCUGUGGGCUGAGCCUUGCGCUAAACUGAAUUUUCCUGGCUAUUAAGUAUUUAACAUACUGUCUCCAUUUUUACUAAAGUGGUGAUGUCCUCUUUUUUCAUGUGGUCUUUUAUACAUUAUAUAUACCAAUCUUAUAAACAUUUUUGAUACUUUAGUGUUCAUGUGGCCACAGAUUAGUAGGUUUGUGUCCUUUAAAGGAUCAUUGUUAAUAAAGCUUGAUUUUGUGGGAAUUUAAAAAUGCCACGUAUUUCCAUAUCAUACUUUUCAGAUCGAGAUUUUGAAACCCAGCAGCUGUAGGUACUGGGGGUUGAAGUGAUGCAAGCAGUUAAUGCUGUAUUGUGCUGGAUGUUCAAAUAUUGCUCAGAGAUCAGAGUGGAGGGUUUUCUGUUUUUGUCUUUAGUUUUACUCAUAUAUCUCCUGAAGGAAACUGUGGUCUGUUGCUCCAAAAAUGUAUCCAAGCAGUGAGUGACUGCAUUCAGUGAAAUAUUUUUCUUAUAUUCUCUGUACCUAACUUAAUUGUGUAUUUUAGGACUAAAAACUAAAUUUUAGGACUAAAAUCAUCUGUGCUGUAUGUUAUUAAUCCUAAUAUAACUGUAUUUGUUAUAAGAGCACGACUUGAUCCCAGUAAAGUACAGUUCAAUGUCAAAAAUUCACGUGUAGGUCAGCAAAUGAUAAUCAGAUAUUAUCCCUCUUAGCAUUUCUGCAUAUUUACUAUUUUUGUAACUGACUAAUUUAGUUGACAUUUUAUUGUUAGAAGAGGAGCUAUAAAUAGUGCUUGUACAUAGCAGGGCCCAGUAAUGUUGUUUUUUUUUUUUUUUUUUAAUUAUUCCCAGUAUUUUUCUCUUCAUUGUGCCAUAUGAGAUGUAUUUCUUUUCAUUGUAUUUUCUUUGGUAGCUGUUGUUGUUUUUUAGAAGUAAACUAUUGUGUGCCUUUCUUGUCAUUUGUGAAGUCUAAGGUCUCUGUGUAACUAAUCAAAAUUUGCCAUUGAAUCCUGUUGAUUAUUUUGCCUGAGGUAUAUGUUUCCAUGGUGACAAAACAGUUUUCUAGAAAAACUGCAAAAAUGCACAAGUGAAGAGUAUGUCACUCUAGUUGGUGUUGCUUUGGUGCUGUACCUAACUGUGACACCCAGGUCUUGGACAAGAUAUCACCUACCUUUCCACAGAUACUGCAUUCCUUUGUGUGUUGCUGUCUCUUAAUUAAAUAAAAAAAAAAAAAAAAAAAUUACAUUAUACUGGCCUUUUCAACUCCAUAAUUGCAAUGCAUUUUGGCUGAAAUUACACUUUACUAGGUCUACUUAUUUAAUCAACAAAAUAUAUUCAACUCAAAACUUGUCAAAGCUGAAAUGUGGGUAACAGUUUUUUGUGCUUUGUGUGCUUUGCAUUUUUAUAGAAAUCUUCUAUCCCUACAAAGUAAUUUUGUAAUAAUUAAAACUGCAUGAGUAUUUGUCUACCUAUCCAUCUGUCUGUAUGUCUAAACCAUAAAUGAUCUUGAACACUAAGGAACAACCUUUGACUUUUUGAGAUCAGAUGUGUCAAGCAUGUUGUGGCACCGAUACAGACAGUCUUUUGCCUGGAGCUCCAGUACUUACUUUCCUUUCAGGAGUGCCAUUGCAUCUGCAGGCAAAUCAGGAUCCUGAGACCUCCUGUGCAUUGGAGACAUGCAAGUUAGUGUUUGUUAACAGAAGUUUGGCAAUGGAGAAGAUCAAAUGCUUCGGCUUUGAUAUGGAUUAUACUCUGGCAGUGUACAAGUCACCAGAGUACGAGUCCCUGGGUUUCGACCUAACUGUGGAGCGGCUGGUCUCCAUCGGGUACCCCCAGGAACUCCUCAACUUUGUCUAUGACCCGGCCUUCCCCACCAGGGGCCUUGUGUUUGAUACGAUGUAUGGCAACUUGUUGAAGGUGGACGCUUAUGGGAACAUCCUGGUCUGUGUCCAUGGCUUUAACUUCUUGCGUGGUCCUGACAUCCGGGAGCUGUACCCAAACAAGUUCAUCCAACGAGAUGACACAGAGCGUUUCUACAUCCUCAACACUCUUUUUAAUCUUCCAGAGACUUACCUUUUCGCAUGCCUGGUAGACUUUUUUUCCAACUGCGACAGAUACACAAGCUGCGAGAAGGGUUUUAAGGAUGGGGACCUCUUCAUGUCCUAUAAAAGCAUGUUCCAAGAUGUCCGCGAUGCCGUAGACUGGGUCCACUUCAAGGGGACUUUGAAGGAGAAAACUGUAGAAAACCUGGAGAAGUAUGUGGUGAAAGAUGGAAAACUGCCCCUUCUCCUGAGCCGAAUGAGUGAGGUUGGCAAGGUGUUCCUGGCUACCAACAGCGACUAUAAAUACACUGAUAAAAUCAUGACAUACCUGUUUGAUUGUCAGAAUGGCCCAAAGGGGUGCGCGUCCCAUCGCCCGUGGCAGUCUUACUUUGACCUCAUUCUGGUGGAUGCGCGCAAGCCCCUCUUCUUUGGAGAGGGGACCGUGCUCAGGCAGGUGGACACUACUACAGGAAGGUUGAAGAUUGGGACGUACACUGGACCACUGCAGCAUGGAAUUGUGUACUCCGGAGGCUCUUCUGACAUUGUGUGUGACUUGCUGGGUGCCAAAGGCAAGGACAUUUUGUACAUCGGAGACCACAUUUUUGGGGACAUCCUGAAGUCCAAAAAGCGCCAGGGCUGGAGGACCUUCCUGGUUAUUCCCGAGCUGGCACAGGAGCUGCAUGUGUGGACUGACAAGAGCUCGAUUUUUGAAGAACUGCAGAGUUUGGACAUUUUCUUGGCAGAGCUCUAUAAGCAUCUGGACAGCAGCAGCAACGAGAGGCCUGACAUCAGUGCAAUUCAGAGACGCAUCAAGAAAGUGACACACGACAUGGAUAUGUGCUAUGGCAUGAUGGGAAGCCUGUUUCGCAGCGGAUCCAGGCAGACUCUGUUUGCCUCCCAGGUGAUGCGCUACGCUGACCUGUACGCCGCAUCCUUCAUCAACCUGCUCUACUACCCGUUCAGUUACCUGUUCAGAGCUGCACAUGUGCUGAUGCCCCACGAGUCCACGGUGGAACAUGCCCACGUGGAUGUCAAUGACACCGAGUCGCCCAUGGCCACCCGCAAUCGCCACUCCGUGGAUUUCAAGGACUCAGACUGCAAGAGGAGCCAGCUGACCCGCUCCAUCAGCGAGAUCAAGCCCCCCAACCUGUUCCCCCAGACGCCCCAGGAGAUCACACACUGCCACGAUGAGGAUGAUGAUGAGGAGGAGGAGGAGGAGGAGGAGGAGUAAAGUCAGCAGAAACCACCAGGGAUCCCGGGGGGUGACCCGGCCUCAGAUGCGCUCCUCACCGAAGCCCCGCGCCGGGGCACCGUACACAGGACCAUCUGCUUUCGGUCCAUGAUGUUUUUCCUCAGAGGGGCCCAGCAGGCCAGCGCCUUUUAUCGCCUCUCCACCCUCCAAGGGUCUCGCAUGAGCACAGAAACGCAUCUCUGCCCCCGCUGGUAUGCAGCAUGGUGAACAAUAACUGCCUGUGUCUUUUUUUUUUUUUUAAAAAAAAGCUCUUUUCAUUGUACCAUUUGUGAAAGUGUAACAAGUUGUUGUGAUGUACUGCUAGCGGUGCACGUGCUGGAGCACUUGUGGAUGGAGGGCUGCAACCACUGGCCUUCCCUUACAAGUAGCGUUGUGCAAGUACUUUUGUUUUUGAAAGGGCCCCAGAGGGGAGCGACCUCUUAAGGUUCAGACGCUGCAGUGCGAUGUACGGUUUUUACCGUUACGACGCGUUCGUACACUGUACUGUGAAAAUCGGAGGGUGCGUUUGUGUCCGACGGCUGUGAACAGAAAGUCGAUGUCAGCGCGGUACCGGCCAGGGAAACUAACGUGGCUCUUUUAGGUAGUUUGCAGCCUCUGCUUCGCAGCUGGUGGAGGACGGAAACGGAGUGCAAACACAUUAGCGUACCGACGAGUGACGUUGAGCGAACAAGCGGAAGCUUUACGGGACUCUGCUGACACUUUGAACCAACGGCAACAGCAGGUUAUACAGAAACGUGGUGAAUUCGUGGAACAAGCAGAACUGUUAAAGCCUGACAUGCCUCACAGCAGUAGCUGAAGCAUACUAUUACCUUUGCAUAUUAACCUUUUUCAGAAGAUAUUUUAGCAGCGAUUUCCCCCCAUGCAUUUUUUUUUCUGCUUUCCUUUUUUUUAACUCAUUGCUUUGAAAAAUGUUUCAAAAACGGUUCUUGUAACGCAGUUUAAUAUAAUGUGAACGGUUAAGGAAGAGUAAAAUGGUAAAAAAAUUUUUUUUUUUUUUUUUAAAAACCCCAUAUCAUUGCUCUAGAGUGCCAAAACUUUAAUGAAACUGUCAUGGAAUAUUUUUAUUAUGUGUGUGUGUGUGUGUUUUUAAUAAAAAUGUGUAUUUAGUUUCC